UCGGCGGGUGUGUGGCUCCCGGUAGCUGCACGGGAGAGAGCUUCACGGGGUGGCUGUGUGUCGCUGAACUCAACAUUAUGCGAUUUUGUCUUUAGCAAAACUAACACCAUAUGCAAGAAAUGUGCCCAAAACGUGAAGCAGUUUGGAACGCCCAAGCCUUGUCAGUAUUGUAACAUUAUUGCAGCGUUUAUUGGCACAAAAUGUCAGCGUUGCACCAACUCGGAGAAGAAGUACGGCCCACCUCAGACGUGUGAACAGUGCAAACAGCAGUGUGCUUUUGAUCGAAAAGAGGAGGGAAGAAGGAAGGUUGAUGGGAAGUUGUUGUGUUGGCUCUGCACGCUGUCCUACAAGAGAGUGCUACAGAAGACAAAAGAACAGAGGAAGAGCCUAGGAUCUUCACAUUCUAACUCCUCAUCUUCAUCUCUUACGGAGAAAGAUCAGCAUCAUUCAAAACACCACCACCAUCACCACCAUCAUCAUCGUCACAGCAGCAGUCAUCAUAAAAUCAGCAGUCUGAGUCCAGAACAAGAUCAGGGACUAUGGAAACAGAGCCAUAAAUCCUCUGCAGCUAUUCAGAAUGAAACUCCAAAGAAAAAACCCAAACUGGAAUCCAAGCCAUCAAAUGGAGAUAGUAGCUCUAUAAAUCAGUCAGCAGACAGUGGAGGAACUGACAACUUUGUCCUCAUAAGUCAGCUGAAAGAAGAAGUAAUGUCACUUAAACGUCUCCUGCAGCAAAGAGAUCAGACUAUUUUAGAAAAAGACAAAAAGUUGACAGAACUGAAGGCAGACUUCCAGUACCAGGAGUCUAACUUGAGGACAAAGAUGAACAGUAUGGAGAAGGCUCACAAGGAAACUGUGGAACAGUUGCAGGCCAAAAACAGAGAACUGCUCAAACAGGUUGCAGCGCUGUCAAAGGGUAAAAAGUUUGAUAAAAGUGGGAGCAUACUGACAUCUCCUUGAGGAACUGGUUAUUCGUGGGGUUUGCUACUCAAUAGAAAUUUGAGUAAUUCUGGGAAGCCCUUAAAAUCCUGUGUAGUGGAAAAAAUAUUUUUGCACACCAGAUUAGUUGGCAUGUUUCCUACACGUUUUUAUAAUUAAUAUGCAGCUUUUUUUAGUUACUGUUCAGAUGAAAUACUUCAACUGGUUUGAAGAAUGUUUUUAUUUUUUUGAUAUUGGAAACUUUGCCAGCAAUAGUAUUAAACAAUUGCAUAGAGAGCAUAGCAGUGCUCUCUCUAAAAGGACAACAUGCAAUAACAAACUAGGUGUACUUUUUACAAAGCAGCAACUGAGUCUUUUAAACUACACUGAUGUCAGCCAAAAGUUUAUGAAUCUGCAGUGACGCUGAACACUGGUUUCUGGCAACUGUUCUUUUAAUUUGUAUUAAAAUAUAAUUUAGAAUGAAAAUCAUGGUGCUCUCAAGUGAAACUAAAAAAAAAAAAAGGCAUAUAUGUAUGUGUAAAUACAACUGUAACGGUUAUAUUCUUAGUUAAAACAAGUAAUUAGUGUUUUACAUUCUUGUGAUAGGGAUUUACCGAAAGAUUCUCUAUUGUACAGUAACAGAGGCAGUGUGGUUUUUGUAAGAUUUACUGUAGAUUUUUCUUGCAAGUGCCUUUCUCCAACUGUUUAUUUAUAGGAAUGAUGGUAUUUUGUACAUAAGGUUUUUAUGUUUUAAAAUCAUGUUUAAUAAAUGUUUUAUGUAAAUAUAAAUGUGUGUACAGAGGAAUCUGAAACAAAGAUCAAAGUGGCUGGUGCAGUGCUUGAAGCAGCAUUAAGAGCUAGCUAAUCGAUGGACAGUGACUAUUGGCUUUAGGUAACCUUUGUAGCUUGUGUCUGUGAGGUGUAGAAUUUUGUUAGUGCUGCUCACACUUCCUGAACAAAAGAUGGUUUUUGCCACACUGGAGUUUAGUGGUUUGUUUAUAUAUUUUUCCCAUUUGGCACAGCGCUAAUUUCAAUUCCAUAGCAGACAUUGUACUCCCAACGUUACAUCGUUAGUGAUACAAACCCGAAGUUCUAAAAAAAAUUUAUUUUCCGUUGUCUGAUUUGAUGUACUUUGUUCUGGUGAUUCUUCUUCAUGAAUUGCAAGAUUCUCAUCCCCCAGUAAAGAGACACAAUGAGAAAAGAGUAGCCAAAACUAAUGGUCUUGAAAUGAAUUAAGGGAGUGGAUGUGGUGUCAUUAAAGGGUGGGUUGUUUUAAUGUUUUGGGUAGAUUUUGAUUCUAAAUUACAUCAGUUUAGGUUUAGCUCUGCUCCUAAUGGACAUCAGUCACAUUCAGAAAUUUCUAUUAAACAUAAUUUAGUAUACCCCAAGGUUCAGGAAGGCGAGUUACGAUCGUCAUAAAGUGAAGUAGACUUACGUAAGUAAAGGUUUAGUUCAGCUGUGAGUACUGACUGGUGACUGGGUAGCUGCCUAUGUUUCAGUAAGCUCAACUGUGUAGAAUAAGCUACACAUCUUUUAAUUGAAGAACUAAAAUCUAAAGUUCCUUGGCUGUCUGCCCAUGUACUGAGCUAUGAACACCUUUUCGGUAGCGCAAACAAGUUCCAGCAGUGACAGACUAGUGAAUAACUUGAAAAAA